CCAGGAAGUGAAUACAAAGCUUGACACAUGACAGGACGCUGGUGAGUUAAGACUGCACAAUUAUUUCGGACUGUUUAAUUUAAAAUGAAAUACUUUAAAACAGUAUUGAUGUGCUACUUAGACAAAGCAAUGGUGCGCAAUUUAUAAAAUUGACUGCAUCGUUAUAAUGGCUUAUUUCAAAAUCUUGCAGGCUCGUGUGGUCAAAUGAUGAUGCAAUACGUAGUUAAAUAUUUGCACAUCUGCAAACAUCUCAACUGCACAAACAAUCUAUUUUGCACAUUACUACUUUCGAACGGACAGCAAGCAUAUUAUUUGACAAAAUCAAGGCGUGUAAAACCUGUUAAUUUUGUAAAACCUUUCACUAAAAUAAAACUUAAAACUAGAAUUGCACAUUCUGAUGUGUGCAUGCUUUAUUGAUAUUGAAUAUAUUGAUAUAACUGAGAUCCACUUUAUUUGAAAGGAAUCUUCUGGGUUCAAUACUAGUUAAGCUCAAACAACAACAACAACAACAACAUAAUGGUAAUCAAAACAAACAUUAAUUUAGACUUUUCGAUGUUACAAUACAAGGGUUGGAGGGUUUAAAGGCAGAAAUGUGAAGCUUGCAAUUUUAUAAAAGCACUUACAUUAGUUCUUGUGUUAAAUCUUGUGCAUUAUUUGAGCUGUAAAGUUGAUUAAAUCGUCAUUAUUGUGGAAUGUAUUACAGCGUUAUGUCGUCACGUCGUCAUGGCAACAAAGUUGUGAAAUUGUAUAUUACAUUACAAAGAAAGGGUUAGUAAGUGAUUUUAUCACUCAAAAAUCAUGUUAACACAUGUUGUUUACAUCUUGUGGCUAUACUUUUGAAACGGUGAGUAUUUAAACGUUGAUGUAUUGGCCCCCAUUCACUUCUACUGUAGAAGUGCUUCACUGGAACCCACAUUUUUGGUUUUUAUAAAGAAAAGGAGGGACAAGUCGAAAUUAUUUUUUGUGGUAAUCAACAUUAUGCCACUAAUGCUGUAGAUUGAGAUUAUCUAGUAUUGAACCUGGAAUAUUCCUUUAAGAACAGAAAAGCUACUAGGAUUCAUUAACAGUGGUUUCCCUUUUUUAUGACUCUUAAUCUCAUUUUUUAUAUUUUUAUUGGUAAAUUAUUACAUAAGAGAAUGUGGACACAAAAUCUACAAAAUAAUAGCUGUUAACCCAUUUUCUAAUGUCUUUUUCAUUAAAUUUUUAUGAUAGCUAUCCUCAAAGUGCUAUAUACCACCUUCAGAUCUUAAACCCAUCAUUCUGUGUUAUGCUAUCAACAAAUGACAAACUGAAUGGUACCAGUGCAUCACAAACAAACUACAUGAAAUCAAACCUGUAGUUGGAAAAAAAAAAAAAAAAAAUAUAUAUAUAUAUAUAUAUAUAUUUCACUUCACUAAAUGUUGGGAACAGAUUAUUUGCACCCUCUGCCGAAGUGGACACUCUAGGCUAACACAUACACUUAUGAUCCAAAACAAUAUGACCACCUGCCUAAUAUUAUGUUGAUCCUUUGCGUGCCGCCAAAACAGCAUCGACUCGCCAAGGUAUGGACUUCACAAGACCACUGAAGGUGUCCUGUGGUAUCUGGUACCAAGACAUUAGCAGCAGAUCCUUCAAGUCCUGUAAGUUGCGAGGUGGAGCCGGUGUGUAUCAGACUUGUUGGUCCAGCACAUCCCACAGAUGCUCAAUCGGAUUGUGAUCUAAAGGAAUUGGGAGGCCAGGGCAACACCUUUAACUCCUCAUCAUGUUCCUCAAACCAUUCCCGAACAAUGUGUGCAGUGUGGCGGGACACAUUAUCCUGCUGAAUGAGGCCACAGCCAUUAGGGAAUACCAUUGCCAUGAAGGGGAAUACCAGGUCUGCGGCGAUGUUUAGGUAGGUGGCACAUGUCAAACUGACGUCCACAUGAAUGGCCGGACCCAGGGUUUCCCAGCAGAACAUUGCCCAGAACAUCACACUCCUCCACUGGCUUGUCAUCUUCCCACAGUGCAUCCUGGUGCCAUCACUUCCCCUAGUAAACAGCACACACGUACACGGCCGUCCAUGUGAUGUAAAUGAAAACAGGACUCAUCGGACCAGGCGACCUACUUCCACUGCUCCAAGGUCCAGUUCUGACGCUCGCAUGCCCAUUGUAGGCGCUUUUGACGGUGGACAGGGGUCAUCAUGGGCACUCUGACCGGUCUGAGCCACAGUAGACCUUCUGUUGCUUUGGACCAGACAGGAUAGCCUUCGUUGCCCUCGCGCAUUGAUGAGCCUUGGGUGCCCAACAGCCUGUAGCUGGUUUGUGGUUUGUUACUCAUCGGACCACUGUCGGUAGGUACUCACCACUGCUGACCGGGAGCACCCCACAAGCCUUGCCGUUUCAGAGAUGCUCUGACCCAGUCGUCUGACCAUAACAAUUUGGCCUUGUCAAAGUCGCUCAAGUCUUUACUCCUGCCCAUUUCUCCUGCAUUCAACAUAUUGACUAUGAGAACCGAUUGUUCGCUUACCAUCUAAUCUACCCAGACCUUGACGUGCCCUUGUUAAGAGAUGAUCAACGUUAUUCUCUUCACCUGUGAGUGGUCAUAAUGUUUUGGCUCAUCAGUGUAAGUAUGUAAUAUAAGGAGAAGAUCCACCAUUAUGUGCCUCAUGCCAGAAUCCAUUGUCUUUGAAGCAUGUUUUAUUGGAUUGUGCCGGGUUUAACUCCUUGAGGAAAUUGUUUUAUUCAGCUGACAUUUUUGAAAAGAUUUUUUGGCCUGAAUCAGUUUUCGAGUUUUUAGCGAAAAUAGAUUUGAAAAACCUUAUGUAGGUCUUUAAUCACUAUAUACAUUUUUUUUUUUUUGUAUUUUAACAUUUUUCACCAUACAAAUAGCAUUAGAAGCUGGCAUGGCAUUAAACCACAAACAAACAAACAAAAUAUUUUUAUAAUACAACUUGAAAAUGAGAAAGUGUGACAAAUGUAGGCUUAAGGACAUAUUACAAUAUUAGUGACUGAAGUAGGCAAUGUAGAAUCAAGUGAUUACUGAGUAGUCAUACAUGGGGUAAUACAUAAUUAUCACUGCCCUAUUUAGUUGGUUACAUUUCAGGCUUGUAGCUGCAGUUUGUUUUAAAAUGUGUAGAGACUAAUGCAAUUUUGUUUUACUUGCAAGCAUUUCUGUUGCAUCAUGGGGGUUCAUGGCCUUACAAGUUAUGUUGAAGGAAAUCGCCAGUUCUUCACAGACAUGAGAUUUAGAGACUGCCGCCUUGUGAUUGAUGGGUGUAGCUUGUAUUUUCAAUUGUAUUUUAACUCUGGAUUGGAUCAAGCAAGGGGUGGAGAUUAUGACAUAUUUGCAGUGUUGGUGCAACAGUUUUUUGCAGCACUUUCAGAAUGUAAGGUGCAGCCAUUCGUUGUGUUAGAUGGUGGGAUGGACCAGACGGACAAAAAGUUCAAAACGCUGCUUGAACGAACCCAAAGCAAGAUUAGAGCGGCUCACGCUCUUUCCAGAGGAUCUCACGGUUCUGUACUUCCUCUGCUUACACACGAAGUCUUCAUACAGGUCCUCUCUGAGCUUGGUGUGCCCUUGGUGCAGUGUAUUUCCGAAGCUGAUUUUGAGAUAGCUUCUCUUGCCAAACAGUGGGGAUGUCCGGUUUUGACCAAUGACAGUGACUUCUACAUCUUUGACUUGCGUGGUGGCUACUUACCAUUUUCAUUCUUCCAGUGGAAUAAUGUCAGUGGUAGGGCCACAGAACGAUACAUUCCUGCCCGGCAGUUCAUCGUGAACCGAUUCUGCUCGCACUUCAACCAUAUGAACAAACAACUUCUGCCUCUGUUUGCUGUCGUGACUGGCAACGACUACACACCUGAUAAAAUAACCGAUACGUUUUUCCGUCGCGUGGAGCUUGAAAGAGUACCAGUGCGUCGUAAGUCUGGAUUUAAUAGAAUCGAGGGCUUUCUGCUCUGGCUGUCUCAGUUUACUAGUCCUGUAGAUGCUUUGGAGGAAGUACUGGAGAUUUUGGGUGGACAGCACAAAGGAAACCUUCGUAUGCAGCUCUCGGCAGGAAUACAGGACUACCAGCUCCCUCGUACUAGCAUUCUGGCUCAAUAUUUCUCAAGUGCCCAACCUGCACUACCAAAUACCCAAGGCCUCCCUGCAGCACUGAUUUCUCAACCAGAGUGGCUUUUAAAAGCAUUCGCAUCAGGUAACCUGCCCUCCUUGGUCUUGGAUGUGCUUGUCCACCAGAAAGUUCUGCUGAUCGUCCAAGUGGAGAAUAGUCACCAGCUCAGCAGUCAUAUAACCUCACUGAGUAUCCGAAAGACCAUCUACAGCCUGUUGCUGUUGGAAAAGACAAGACAGGAUAGUCAAAGGCAACAAAAUGUCACCCAGAGAGGUAGAGGAAGGGGAAGAGGAGAUCUAAAUAGGCAAUCUCAGGGUAUGGGAGGACAACAGUGUGACACCCCAUGUGUUGUUGAUGAGUACGACAGACAAGACCUCAAUCUCAAGAAGAACACAGUGGAGGCUCACCUACCCAACUCUGUGCCACAGCUAAAUCUUACUACAAUUGACAAGGCGCCUGCACAGGUGAGACUGCAGGUGUUGUUGGGAACACUGGGUAUGUUGGACCAUAUUUUGCCACCAUUGCCUCCCCACUUUUGCCUACCAGUGUGUGUGACGUAUUUCUGGAUGAAUAACUCUAAACCAAAGCCCAGUCAACCACUACUGCAGGCCAUGUUGUUGGGACUGGUAUACGGCGAUCUCAGCUGGAGAACGGCUCAUCCUGAUGACCCACUGUACAGCAGCAAAUCUGCUUCCUCUGUCUGUCAACGAUUGUCUGUGUUGAGGGUCAACCCAGGACAAAGGCGGGGCCUAGAUCUGGGUGUGGCCCAUUUGCUCAGCCAGUGGCAGUCCUGUAUGUUGGCUGGACUUUACCUGAACCAAUUACUGUGUUUCCCACUACCUGAGCCUAGAUAUGCCUGGCUAUUCAGUGGUACUCUGUUACAUGGACUUGAGGCUGCAAUAAGAGGGGGUCACCAGCCUGAGUCUCUGCUUGCAGGAGACACUGACGCUUGGCAGCUAUACUCCAUCCUCCUGAAGGCAAUAACAAGCACUGCAGUAUCAGCAACACCAAGAAUGAGUAGAGGAGGGGGGCAGAGAAAAGCACAGCAAAGAGGAAGGGGCAAUGAAGGAAGAGGAAGAACCAGUGGAGGGAGAGGAAGGGGCCAUGGAGGAAGAGGGAGGGGUAACAGAAGCAGGGGAAUGAUGCCUGCAGACAGUGAUUUCGAUUACAGGUUUGCUCUGUUGAACUGUGAGGAUGUAUGGUGGCCUUGAAAGAGGAGAGGGAAAGGAUAUUUGAAAGAAGUUAGUUUAGGAGGGGAGGAUAAACUACACUAUUUUUAACUACAUUAAUUUCUUUUGAGGGAAAGUUUAACUUUUCUCUCUGUGCCUUUUUUUAAAACAUUAUGAGGCUGAAGAUGUAACUAGCCAUAUUUUGUAUAAUGUAGUGUAGGCAGACAUGAUUUCAGGCAACAUGAAUAUUUUAUUAUGACAGCUAUCAUUAUUAACUUGCUUGUACUAGACGUGCACUUGCACUGAAAUUGUUUUAAAGCUACACCAUGAACAUUUUCUAUUUAAUAUAGCUUUUUAUUCUAUUUAAUUGAUUGAAUUUUAAUGAAGAAUGAUGUUGACUUUUAAAAUCUUACAUUUGGGACCAAUAUUUUUAAUGUAAUGUUAUAUGGCGCCUGUUUUGCCAAUAUCAGUAGGUGCUCAUAUUAUAUAUCAUCUUAAACAGUUGAAAGGUAUAUUGCUGAUUGUUGGGUUAUCCAGAACAUAUCCUGACUGUGUGUACCGAACUUAAAUGCAGGUUUGGGAGGGUUACUGUUGAAAUGUAUUCCACUACAGAUUACAGAAUACAUGCUGUAAAAUGUAAUUUGUAACGUAUUUCGUUAGAUUACUCAAAGUCAGUAAUGUAUUCUAAAUACUUUGGAUUACUUCUUCAGCACUGGUAGAUUUUUUCACUUGUUUUGACUAUAAAAACUCUGCCAGUACAGUAAGACAAAAUACACAUGUUAAAAAUACAUUCUCUGAAAAACCUAAAUAUCUUAUGCAGUGUUGUUUCUAAAACAAGAUAAAUCAAACUGAUCUUGUUUUAACAUGUGCAUGUAAAAUGGCUAGAAAUAGCAUUUUAGCUUAGCGUAAAGCUGACAAUUUACACAAGGUUUAUAUCUAUUUCUUCUGCUCCAAACUUACUUCAAACUCACUUCUCUGUCUGCUCGUAUGAAUGUAACAUAUCACAAGAAAGUGUUUCACCGCUGUUCAAAUGCACUUUGGAUCGCAUCAUUUAUAAGUAUAAAUGUUUUCCAUCUGAAAGGACAAAAUUUUAAAUGAAACAAAUGACAAUAAAAUGCAAAGUAAUCUCUUCAGUAAUCAAAAUACUUUUUGAAUGUAACUGUAUUCUAAUUACCAAUGAUUUCAAUUGUAACUGUAGUGGAAUACAGUUACUUAUAUUUUGUAUUUUAAAUAUGUAAUCCCGUUACAUGUAUUCCGUUACUCCCCAACCCUGCUUAAAUGAAGAUCUCAUGUCUUUCUGUUUCAAGAAACCAAGCACAUAAACACCAGUUUCAUGCAUAACAGCAACCUGCAAUUGCUAUUGCCCUGUGGAAUUAGCUCAGACUGAAAUAAAGAGCUGAGAAACACAAGUGCAAUGUUAUUAGAAAGUGUUGUUGGGCUCCAGGGGACGCAAAUCAAGACAGAUUCUUACUGGAGAUUACCAUAUGUAGUUAGUACAAUAUGUCUUGGCGGGUCGAAGUUUUUGGCCAUGUUUCAUAAAAUGUUUUGUCUUGAGGUAAGAACAUCAGUGAGAAUAACAAUGUUAAGCCCUUCUUGUUGUCAGAUUGGAUCAUUGUUAUGCUUCAAAGGUGUUUUUUUUCAAAAAUAUUUCUGAUUGGACUUUUUAAAAAAUCCAAUAUGUCCGAACUGGAUGUAUGAAGUCACGAAUAAGAUUCACUUAUGUUAAUUACCACUGCACAAGUUAAUCAACAUUGCACUUACAGUAUAUCAUAUAUGAUGACUCUACAAAGCAGAACAUAAUAUACAUCUUAAAGGAAUGUUCUGGGUUCAAUACAAGUUAAGCUCAAUUGACAGCAUUUUUGGUGUAAUGUUGAUUACCACAAAAAUUUAUUUUGACUCGUCCCUCCUUUUUUUUAAAAAAAGAAAAAAGAAAGAGAAAAUCAAGUUACAGUGGCAUGUACAAUGAAAGUGAAUGGGGCCAAUUUUUGGAGGGUUUAAAAGGCAGAAAUGUGAAGCUUAUUUUAUAAAAGCACUUUCAUUCUUCUGUUAAAACUGUAAAGUUGUUUAAAUUGUAUAUUUUACAGUCAUUUUUGUGUUUUAGGGUUUGUUGACAUUACAUCGUAAGUUGAUAAAUUGUAAAAUUGUCUAUAACUUUACACAGAAAAGGUUAGUAAGUGGUUUUAUCACACUAAAAUCAUGUUAACAUGUCACGCAUAUUGUUUGUCUUGUGACUAUACUUUUUCAAAAGUUAGUAUUUUAACGUUCAAAAAUUGGUCCCCAUUUACUUCCAUUGUAAGUGCCUCACUGUAACCCAGAUUUUUGCUUUUUUAAAGCAAAGCAGGUACAAGUCAAAAUUAAUUUUUGUGGUAAUCAAUAUUAUGCCACAAAUGCUUUUGAUUGACCUUAACUUGUACUGAACCCAGAAUAUUCCUUCAAAAAAUGUUGUGGUUGCUUUAAGUUGUCAGUGAGAUGGUUUAUUGCUUGCUUUAUGUGCUAGCUUUUUUAAGUUUUGCAGAUUGUAACUUUGAUUGCAUACUCUCCUGCUGUAUUAAAAUGCAAACCCAAAUAAAAUGCACUUUUAAAGUGAUUCAAGCCAUAUGUUAAUAAAAAAUAAAUUCCCACAAUGCACUAUU